AUGGCGCAGACCGAGCCAAGUGGUGGAAAAAAGCAUAUCAGUGAGAAGCCAGUCACACUCGGUAACUGGUAUCAGCAUGUCAACUGGCUCAACACAUCUCUCAUCCUGAUCGUACCCAUCGGUGGCCUCGUCGCUGCAUUCUAUACACAGCUGAGGCCACUCACUGCUGCGUGGGCAAUUUUAUACUACUUCUGGACCGGGUUGGGAGUUACCGCUGGGUACCAUCGUCUAUGGGCGCACAGAUCAUAUGAAGCGCGCCUUCCAAUUAGGAUAUUCCUCGCAUGUGUCGGUGGCGGUGCCGUUCAAGGCUCGAUUCGGUGGUGGAGUAGUAAGCACAGAGCACACCACCGAUGGACCGAUACAGUCAAGGACCCAUACAGCGUCAUGAAGGGUCUCUGGUAUUCGCAUUUUAUGUGGAUGGUUCUGAAUCAAAACCCGAAAAACCGCGGCAGGACCGAUAUCUCCGACUUGAACGAGGACCCGGUCGUCGUCUGGCAGCACAAGCACUAUGGAUCCGUCAUCUUGAUUUUCGGGGCGUUGUUCCCUAUGCUCGUCGCCGGCCUGGGAUGGGCCACCUUCUGCGUGAAUUCUCUCGCCCAUUGGUUGGGUGAGCAGCCAUUCGAUGAUAGGAAUUCACCUCGCGACCACGUCAUUACUGCGUUGAUCACUCUCGGUGAAGGCUAUCACAACUUCCAUCACGAGUUUCCCUCCGACUACCGCAAUGCCAUUCAAUGGUGGCAGUACGAUCCCACAAAGUGGUCAAUCUGGAUCUGGAAACAGCUGGGUCUGGCUUCCAACCUCAAGCAGUUCCGAGCCAACGAAAUUGAGAAGGGUCGUGUGCAACAGCUACAGAAGAAGCUCGACCAGAAACGCGCCAAGCUUGAUUGGGGUGUUCCUCUGGACCAGCUACCUGUUGUCGACUGGGACGAUUUUAUUGCAGAGGCUCAGAGUGGUAAAGCUCUAGUUGCCAUUGCCGGUGUUGUUCACGAUGUCAGCAAAUUUAUCGCUGAGCACCCUGGUGGCAAAACCCUCAUUUCAUCAGCCAUUGGGAAAGAUGCCACUGCCAUGUUCAACGGCGGUGUCUACACCCACUCCAACGCUGCCCAUAACUUACUUUCCUCGAUGCGAGUUGGGGUGAUUCGUGGUGGUGGUGAGGUUGAGAUUUGGCGUCACCGAAACAACCAAAAGGGUGUCUAUGCUUGA